UCGCCGGAUUGUCUACCCCUAUUUACCCACGAAGAAGAAUCGCACUGCUGUGACGUCACGACAGCGACUUUCUGCAACAAGCUAACAUCUGAGAAUACAAAUCAAUAACAGUUAUUUGCAUUCACUUUUGGCCACAUUUUCUUCACGUCCUCUUCAACUUCACGUUUAAUGGACACGCCUUGGUGGACUUUAAACUUCCGGUUGUGUCCAAAAUUUGCCGUUUGUGAACAGAAAUGCGAGCGGACUCGUAAAAUUGACGCUAGCAUGAAUAGCAUAGACGCUAAAUAAAGCCAUAAUCGAAUUUGUAUCAAGUCAUGGUGCCAAGCGGAAGAUUUUAACCUCUAAUUCUGGGGGCGGAAUCCUUUAAUUUGUCUUACGUGGGUUGACGUCGCCUGGUCGGUGAGUAGUCAGCGGCAGCGGACCGGACAAGGGGCUCGGUGGCGAUGUUCGUCUCGGUUGCUUGAUGGGGCUUUCGAGGGUCAUGAUGCCGCAGAAGUUGCAGCUAUUAGCCGUUCUGACGUUCGCCGUCACCAUGCUUUUCAUCGAGAACCAGAUCCAAAGACUGGAAGAGUCCAGAUCCAAGCUGGAGCGCGCCAUGGCCAGACGCGAGCUGUCUGAAGUGGAGGCAGCGGAGCUUCCGCAGCGACACCGUGGCGAAGAAGACGACGACGACACGGUGAUCAUCUAUAACCGGGUUCCCAAGACAGCCAGCACGUCCUUCACCAACAUCGCGUACGAUUUGUGCGCUAAGAAUCGCUUCCACGUGCUGCACAUCAACACCACCAAGAACAAUCCCGUCAUGUCCAUACAGGACCAGAUGCGUUUCGUUCACAACGUCACCUCCUGGAGAGCGAGGAAGCCCGGUUUCUACCACGGCCACGUGGCCUACCUGGACUUUUCGAAGUACGGCAUCACGGGCAAACCCCUGUACAUCAAUGUAGUGCGAGACCCUAUAGAGCGACUGGUGUCCUACUACUACUUCCUGCGCUUCGGAGACGACUACCGGCCCGGGUUGCGGCGGAGGAAGCAAGGCGACAAAAAGACCUUCGAUGAGUGCGUGUCGUCUGGUGGCUCUGACUGCGCUCCGGAGAAACUCUGGCUGCAGAUUCCCUUCUUUUGUGGGCACCAUUCGGAAUGUUGGAAUGUGGGCAGUCAAUGGGCGCUGGAGCAGGCCAAGUAUAACCUGGUCAACGAAUACCUGCUGGUGGGUGUAACCGAAGAGCUGGAGGACUUCAUCAUGAUCCUGGAGGCCACGCUACCGCACUUCUUUAAGGGGGCCACUGACCUCUACAAGAAUGGCAAGAAGUCCCACCUACGCAAAACCACCGAGAAGAAGCCCCCAACCCGGGAAACGGUGAGCAAACUGCAGCAGUCCAAGAUCUGGAAGAUCGAGAACGAGUUCUACGAGUUUGCACUGGAGCAGUUCCAGUUCGUUCGAGCCCACGCCGUCCGGGAGAAGGACGGCGAGCUGGUCGUUCUGGCGCAGAGCUUCUUCUACGAGAAGAUCUACCCCAAAGCCAACUGAGGAACGCCGGCGGGAACCAUUCACACAUGCUGGAUUUCAUGAUUGUUUACAGGUAACGGCCGUUUUUUUAAAUGCCGGGACAAAACUGGACUGCAAAACAGAACGAAAUGACUUUUAGAGCACCUUUGAAGUGACUGCUGAUGAACUGACAAACUCACUGGUGAGUUAUGGUGGUAAUGGUCGUUAAACUCUGGACUAACACAUUGAAUAUCAGAGUAGUAAGCUCACAUAGAACCACACAAAUAUAGAAGAUGUUGGCAUAAGUCAUGGGACACAUCUCAUUGGGUAUGUUUACAUAGACGACAUUUCUUCAAUCAGUGUUCGGAUUGAAAUUAUAAUUAGAUGCAAUGUGUUCAUGGACACUAAAAAAUAUUGGUCUGGUUAGAUCUUGCGUGUUCUGCUUAAGAAUGUCAGUCGGAACAAAUUAUUUUGAAGUUUUUAAAGAAGAUCGUCAAUUUGGUUGGGAGGAGACUGAGAUCACAGCAAAGACACCCAUUUGGCUGUCAAGCGUAACCCCUCAGCUUUCAAAAUCCGUUGUUUUUUUUGUUUUUUUUCGAUAACACAAAACAUUUAGGAGUUACGGCAGUUCAAAGUACGCAUGCAGAAAUAUGUCACCGGCAACACAUCCGUCUUUGAAGGGUUCAACAAUAUAUGAUCAAAUUGAUUUUAUGUAUAACACAUACCACUACUGCUAUAAAUAUUAUGUUGUUGAAUAUUAAUGGAAAGCGAGAGCAAGAGACAGAGCGAAUGUGUAUGACUUGUAUCAUUAUUUACACAUUAUACACACACACCCUCUCUCAACACAGAAAGUUGCCAGAGAGAAAUGACACAACAGGCUGUAUUAUCAAAAUGUUAUUUUGAACAGAUGUUUACAAAGGCGGAAGACUUUACAAAAGUAGGCUAAUUGUACAGAGGAAACUAGUUAGCCAUCUUGGCAUGCCAACUAUCCACAUUAUCUGCCGAGUUAACAAGCUUACGUUAUAGUACUUGUUUUACUAUCACUAGACACAAUCAACCAGCUGGGGUAAGCUCUUGUAGCUGGUGGGAAACACUUAUGACUGCGUUGAAUUACCUUGAAUUUUGUGUAAAGUGACAGAUGAUGGUCACGAACAUGUGAAAUCACGUUGAAGGUCCUGCUGUCCUUCCUCCUCUAAGGCGCGGCCGUCUGUUUUCUGAGGGGGGGACAGAGCAACAAAUGGAGGGGGAGGGGUGAGCGCUGCCAUAAAAAAAUGUCUAAAACCGGUAGAGCUGAAACGAAUACUCGAGUAACUCGAGUUUAAAAACUGGUCUGAGUAAUUUUAUUCAUCUCGAGUAAUCGUUUAUUUUGACAGCUCUAAACAUCACGUUUUGCUCAGACUACUUUUAAUGCGGGACAACGCGCUGAUGUCACGUGCGUAGAGGAAGAAGCAAAAAAACAAAACAAAAAAACUUACUGCAACCGACAGCCGCUACAAACUACGCCGACGUUGCUAAAUACUAGCCCGCACGAUGCUACGUUGGUAGCAGGUAGCGUCUGAUGAGUCUCAUAGAGAUCACAUGUAUGUUGAACUAGAUGCGAAAUGACAGACUCGGCCGCGUCUGGGCAGCGUUAGUAAACAGCCGCCAUCUUAAAGCAGUAGAGCGCUAAUAAAGAACACUAAUAAAUAAAGAUUAACGUUACUGUGUCUGGCUCACGUAACGUUAGCCCUGCGGAGGGCUAGGUUUCUAUUAAUUAUGACCACUGUCGAUGUGUGGCUAACGUGUCUUACAUACAGGCUUUAACAUAACAUAGCGUUGUGGAGUGAUGAGGGUGUAAAAUAAAAACUCAAUAAUGCUAACUAUCAAUUUUAGCUCAGUAGUCAUUGCUGGAUAAAACACCAAGUAGCUCUGGUCCCUAAUGUGCUCCAAUACAGCCUGUAUCAUACAUUUAUUUUGAACACUGCAAAAACUCAAAAUCCUAUCAGGACUUACAGUUUAGACUAACUUAAAACUUAACUAGAACUUAAAAAUGGCUUGACACAAAUAGAAAUUCAAUUGAAACACGUGGGAAAAAAUCCUAACUUUGAUGUGAUGUGUGUUAUCAAGCGUAACGGCAUUUUUAGGUACAUAUAUAAUUUUUUUUAAUAAGAUCUAAAGGUUUUUUGAGUGAAAGCAGUGAAUGUCUUUUUUUUUUUAUUCUAGUAACAUCUGAGAUGCAAUUGUGGGCUGUUUUCAACAAUAUACAUCGAAAAUAAAGACAUUGAUUGACUGAAAAUGGUUCAAGAUCAGAUGAAAUGUCUUGUUUUCUCAUGUAUAUUUAUAAUUGCUCUAAACCUUAAAAUAUUUGUUUUAUCCUAUUACUCGAUUAAUCGAUAUAAUUUUCAGUCGAUUACUCGAUUACUAAAAUAGCUGCAGCCUUAAAAGCCGGACUAUAGUAUGACAGAAAAUUUUUGUGUUUUUGAAACCAUGGCGUUUUCAUACCACAGUAAACCUUGGAACCGGUAACCGGCACAUGCCUAUUUGCGACUAGGGCCUCCUAGUUCAAGUGGCGUUCCGAUAAUUUUUUUCCUGGUCGGAGGUUAGAAAACUCCAACUUCCCACCUUCCUCAAAUGCAGCAUCAGUCUACGUUUUUUGACUGAAGAACUGCAACAUUCUGAAAUGUGCAUGUGAAAACAAGGAAAUUGGCAAAUGAGAGUUUCCACAAAUUCCCUGUAAAGGACGAGGAACAAUACAAACUGUUAAUACUUGCUGCUGGCUACGACACAAACACACCAGUGGAAAACAUAUCGCUCCGCUCUGCAGCCUGUUACCUACAGAGCUGCUGGAUUACGAAUGUUGCUGUUUAUACUGCAUUUAUUGACUGUUAUUGUUAUUAAAGUUAUUGAAUAAAAGUGUCUAUGUAAACAUACCUAUUACUGGCUUUUAGGAUUACUCUGUCCUAAUAUUUUGUCUACAUGUAAUAAGAUCAUCGGCAGACAUGGCGGUGUCCAUCUCGUGUUGAUUUUGAUGGCGUAAGUACAGGGUUGUAUAAUGGAUAGUGCCUUUUCAUGAGCAUUAUGUGAAGAAUACAAUUGACAUGUAUUCAUUCUGUCGGCACUCGAAAAUAACACUUGUUUUUUUUUUUUUUUUGUAUUUCAAAAGGUCCAAUUUCAGUUCAGACAUAAAUGACUACCCUAAAUGUU